AUCUUUCGUGUUCUGGUACAGUGCCAAUGCUGCUGGAUGAUGCCAUGUUGACGUCGUACCAGUACUGUACAAAGCGCUUACUUUUACACAGCGAAGAUUCCCUGCAAUCGUUCAUUUUUUGCCCAAGCAAUGGCCGAUGCUGCGCCACCAGUUAAGUGUCGCUCAAAACAAUUGAUUAGAAUCACAGCUUGUUGGUUGUAGCCCAAGGCGUAUUCAGACAGGGAACCGAUUAAAACUCCUUUUGGCCAGAAACUGAGUUGCUGCCACCCCAUACCUAGCAAGCAGUGAUUUUCACCAAGCAAUCACAACCAUCGACAAUGACGCCGACAUUCCCGCGCGGUAUCCUAAUUUCCGUCCUGAUCCUGGCGGCAAUUGCAAGUGUCGUGUACGUGCAAAAACCAAGACAUUCUGACAUUCUUCAGGGCCAACUGCCACCAUUAUCUUCAUCAUCGGUAGGUAGUUCCCAGCAACUUCGAUCCGAAGGCAGCAAUAAUAUUGGAGGGAGAAGACUACAUGACAAAAACAAUAACAGGAUACAGCGCGAGACUGGCUGGGAGGAAGCUUCUGAAGAUGAUGGCCAGGAACAACGAGAUCUUGCCCUUUUCGUUGUGAUUCCAGAACUAGAUGAUGAUUUGGAAAAUUCCGAUUCUGGGCUUACAGAUGAUAACGCCAUGGUAAUCAUCGAAGCAGCGCAAAACUUCACUGGAGAAGAAGAUUUACCAGCCGAUUUACCACCACAAAAUACCACUGCCAAUGAGGCUUUUGCAAGUGCUACUGUUUCGAAACCACCAGCUGUCCCAUCCACUCCAAUGCCAACUCCUCGACCAACGGCUUGGCCUAGUCCAAGGCCAAGUCCUCGGCCAACACCCAGGCCAAGUCCUAGACCAACACCCAGGCCAACUCCAAGGCAGACUGGAAAUCCGACACCCAUUCCUUCCCCACGUCCGACACCGAGACCAUCGCCUACUCCUUCUCAAAAGCCCUCUCCUAGACCUUCCCCACGGCCUACGACGGCUGCUCCUACCUCCACAGACGCACCAACCUGGGAACCGUUCGGGCCUAUUCAAUUUGUAGGAAAUGAGCAAAACUUUUAUGCCCCGUACCCUCUGGGAGUCUGCCAGGGCGACUGCGAUAGUGACGACGACUGUGCCGAGGAUCUUUAUUGCUUCCAACGCACCAGAUAUGGUGCAGUGCCAGGUUGCACAGGAGGAGAAGAUUUUGCCUCCACUUCAGACUUUUGCGUUUGGAAUACUACCUGGCCCAGACCCGAUCUCCCCAUUGUGUAUGAAGAUUUUGGAGAUCUUCAGUAUGUCGGCAAUGACGGGACGUUCUAUGCCAUCUAUCCCCUUGGUCCAUGUCAGGGGGAUUGCGAUACGGACGAUGAUUGUGCCGAAAGUCUCUAUUGCCAUCAACGGAAUGGAGGGCAAAACGUACCAGGUUGUAUUGGAGGGGACAUGGACACAACCACAGGAGACUUUUGCGCUUGGAAUACGUCUUUGCCUAGACCAGAUCCAACGCCUGAGAUGCCUGCAGAUGCGUUUCGCUUGAAACUUUACUGGGAAGAAGGCUACUUGUGGCAAAAUGAAACGUUUGAGCGCGAAUGGUGUGUUUUCUACAACUACGACGGUUACCCCGGGACGGGUAUUUGCUGGUACGGACGGGAGCAGCGGAAUUGCAGCAAUUCUGAAUUAUACACAGGGUUAUGCUUGGAUUACGAUCCCCGACAAUGGUUCACGUUUGUAGAACUGGGAAGCACCUAUAGUGGGAAUCCUGAUGUUCCCGAAGUCAUGAUACAAACAGCGUCGGAGGGCUCACCACGAUGUUUAGCCCGACAUCUAAGUGCCCUAUAUUUGAGUCCCAAUUGUAAUCCAGCGGAUGUGCAGCAACGAUUUUUCGCCUUGCGAGGGAGCUUUGAUGGAAUACGCUUUGAACUUGGUCAAUACACUGGGUACACCCACGAAAACUGUGUCACGAAUGCGCAUCAUCCAAAGAGCGGCGAAGUGAUUGAAUUUCAUGUUUGUGAGGAGGCUCGAAAGUUGCAUGAUGAAACGAGCUACUGGGAACUAUUUUGAUUGGGGAACAACACGACAAAUCUCCUAUCGGUUUCUUGCUUGUUUGUGUACAGAUUCGGACCAGUUCCAGACUACAUGGUAUGAAACACACCUAAGAUCGAUUGUCACGACCAACAAAAAGCUCUCUUUCGCUAUUGGCUGGAGGGAAUGGACGGUUUCAAGUGAGCACAGCACGCUCGACAUGUAGCUAGCUAGAUAGAAUGAUUCAAUCAACAAAUGUAAUCACAAAUUACUUGGCUUGUGGCC